AUAUAUCAUGUCCUAAAAUCUGUCGUCGCGACAGAUAACAAGUUUCGACCGCCGUUUUUUUCGAAAGGGAUGGAAUUUAAUACGAAACAUCGAAAAUUAUCAAAAAGCAAAAAUUCUGUUCGUACUCCUGUAUCCUCUAAGCCUAGAUUAACAAAAAGGAGAAUAGUUACACGUAAAAGGAAAUGUGCAUGUCUCCCUGAAAAUUAUUCGGUAGUAGAAUUCCCUGCAAUAUGGAAUGAAUUGAGGCAAAACGGUCAAUUAUGUGAUGGGACUAUUGUUUGCAAAGAUAAAAAAGCCAUUCAAGUUCAUAGAGCGAUACUUUCUGCCGUGAGUCCCUAUUUCAAAGCUAUAUUUAUAAAUUCAUUGAAGAAAGGUCAACCUGAAGAGACUGAAAUAGCAGUAGAUGUCCCGUCAUAUUAUAUGAGUUUAAUCCUUGAUUACGCUUACACAGGAUCAUGCACUGUGACUGCAGAAAAUGUGGAAAAUUUACUUCCCUAUGCAGAUCAAUUUGAUGUUGUCGGUGUUAUACAAUUGUGUUGUCAAUUUCUUUUGCAAGAAUUAAGGCCUCACAAUUGUCUUGGAAUAUUUAAAUUUGCCAGGUGCUAUUUUUGUAGUGAACUUGAGAAGAAGGGCAAAUUGUACAUCCGACAACACUUUGCUAGAAUUUUAAAAGAAUGCAAUGAAUUCAAAUCAUUAUCUUUUGAAGAAUUGGAAGAUAUUUUGAGGGAUGAUGAAUUAAAUGUGCGAAAUGAGGAACUUGUAUUUCAAGCUGUCAAAGCAUGGGUAGAGCAUGAUCUUGAAAAUCGAAGGAAAUAUAUUUCCUCACUUCUAUCAUGUAUAAGAUACGGUCAUAUCAGUUACAAAUACUUCAAGUCAAAAAUUUUACAAUGGCAGCCGGUAAUUGAAGAUGAGAAAUGCCAGGAAGCUCUGUAUCCGGCGGUAGUGUUUCUAACACUUUUGGAUUCUAGACCCGACGCUGAAGCAGACCUUAACGACCCUCUGGCGAGACCACGAAUUCCUUACGAAAUACUAUUUGCUGUUGGCGGAUGGAGUGCUGGCAGUCCGACGAGUUUUGUGGAAACUUAUGAUACGAGAGCUGACAGAUGGUUCCUAUCAAUACAUAUGGACUUGUCCCCUAGAGCAUAUCACGGGUUGUGCACUUUGAACAAUUUCAUAUACAUGAUUGGUGGUUUUGAUGGCAGUGAUCAUUUCAACACCGUCCGCUGCUAUGACCCCGUGGCCAACACCUGGAUAGAACGGGCCUGCAUGUACCAGGCCAGGUGUUACGUCAGCGUAGUCGUCCAUGACGGUUUAAUUUACGCUCUUGGUGGAUAUAACGGAAGAACUCGCAUGUCGUCGGUGGAGCGAUACUAUCCAGAUAAAAAUCAAUGGGAAAUGACAACCCCUAUGAAUAAACAACGAUCCGAUGCUAGCGCAGCAUCACUAGGCGGGAAGAUAUACAUCGUGGGCGGUUUUAACGGUCAGGAGGUACUAAGUUCAGCGGAAGUGUUCGAUCCGGAAACAAAACAGUGGAGCUUCAUUCGUUCGAUGCUGAGCCCACGCUCUGGGGUCAGUUUGAUCGCGUACAGAGACGCUUUAUACGCUCUCGGAGGUUUCAACGGCUACAGCCGGCUGAAUACUGGGGAACGUUUCUGUCCAUACCGUGGUGGAGACUGGCAGGAAGUCACUGAAAUGUUUAGUGCUAGAAGUAAUUUUGCUACCGUCCUGCUUGACGACAUGAUAUUCGUUAUCGGAGGUUUUAAUGGUUCGACCACGAUACCGCACGUGGAGUGCUAUGAUGGGGACACCUCGGAGUGGUACGACGCGGCCCCCAUGAACCUCACUAGAUCAGCUCUUAGCGCGUGUGUGUUGGCAGGCUUGCCCAACGCUAGGUCAUUUUCUUACUUGGCCAAAGCCGUCCCAGCCGCCGGAGCUGAUCAGGCACAUCACUCCUGAUUGAUUUCAAUACAUUCUGUCAGUCCUCCCAACAAUAAAUAACGUUUACACAUUUACACCUGUUACUUAAAUACCAGAUUUUUUUAAAAAUACGGCUUAACUUUUUGUUUUUGCUCAGCUAAAGAAGCGUUGGAAUGUUCCAAAUUUAAAAACAAAAAUUUUUUUAAAAUUUUGCUUAACAGACGACUUUAAAAAACGAAUUUAAUUAAAUUUUAAAUAAUAUUCAUCUCUAAUGCUACGAAAAUUCUAGUAGGUAUUGCGACUGGCUCACAUAUGACUGUUCUUAUGCUCUACUUCGACGGUUAUGUACAAACUGUAAUAAAAUAUUUUCUUUUAAUGGAAAUCGAUGUAAAAUAUGAAACGUGUGAUAUACUUGUACAUAGUUUUGUCUAUCAUAUAUUAAUGUAUCGUUAAUCAUGAUUAUUCUAUCGAAAUAUUUUAAUAGACUAUUUUUAUUUGUACCUAUAUUGUAAUAAAUGAAAUCAAUACCAUAUCAUAUAAAUUUUAGAAUACAUUUUGUAUUAGGGAAAUAUUUUUAAAUUUUCAGUUUAUAAAUGUUUUUUUUUUAAUAUUAGUAAUGUAGUUUGAUAAAUUUUAUUUUGCGAUAUUUGUGUACAGUCCGCGCCCGUUGUAAUCAAGGUCGCGUUUUUUAAAUAUCUUUGAAAUACUAACAAUAAGACGCCGCACGAAUCAUCGGCGCCGUCGAUCUGUGAUAUUUUGACUAGUCAUUGAGAAGAAUUCAAAAAAAUGUAAAAUUUCUAUAACUUUUUUUUAAUACAGAAAAAUUUAUUGUACCACGCUGAAUACGAGAAAUUUACAAAUAAAGUAAAUAUCAAACUGU